AUGUCGCGUCGUGUCAGACCUCGCCAACGUCCGCAGGUCACGGCGGAGCCUCCGCCGGCACCGGAGCCCCCGCCCCAGGAGCCUCAGCCGCCCUCCGAUGAUGAGAAAUCCCCAGACUGGAGGCCGUCUCGACCACCGUCCCCACCGCAGCGGCAAGACGAUGGCUCCGAAGGGUCAGAAGCCACAGCCAGACCAACCAGACCCGAACCGGCCAGUCGAUACGCAAAUCUCAACUAUUGGAAAGCUAGAAGGGUUACGUUUUAUAGAAACGGGGAUCCUUUUCACCCUGGAGUUGAAUUUCGAUUCAAACUGGGCAGGGAUCUGGUUUCUAUGGACGCGUUGCUUGAUAGAUUGUCUGAGAGAUUGGAACUGCCUCGAGGUGCGAGAUUUAUCUUCGGGAUGGACGGCGAUAGGAAGUACAGGCUGGAGGAGCUGGAAGAUGGAGCUUCUUAUGUGGUCUCUUCCUAUAAGACAUUCAAGGCAGCGAGUUACGGUAAGAAGAACGGCAUGUGGUACGGCGGCACAGCCACGGGAACCAGCGGAUGGUCGCGGGCUGGUACUCGCAAACAGUCGGUGGCCGAGUCUGACGCACCCCCGCCCGGAGGUGGCAAGCCCGCCAGUGGCAGAGUGAUUCGGAUCAUCAACAACAUGGACCAUUCUAUACAGUGUCGUGUUUUGUUAAACUUACGUACAACCCAACCAUUCGAAGAGGUUUUAGAGGAUUUAGGGCAGGUUUUAAAAAUGAGCGGAGCAAAGAGGAUGUACACAAUUACGGGACAAGAGGUAAGGAGCUUUUCUCAGUUGCGUAACGAAUUCGCUGAUGUAGAGACGUUUUAUUUGGGAGCAGCGAUGGUACCUCCAGCACUCAGUCCAGGAAUAAGCGCACCUCUACCAAUUGAGUCACCCAUAAGAAGAUCCAGGUCUAGAGGGAACGUAUCAGCUGUAUCAGUGUCUGAGGAAGGGCGCGGUCGGCGCGCUCGCAGCAAAAGUCGCCCGCGCGUACUAUACGCUCCCGAAGGAGAAAUAAUAAGAAACUCAGAUUACACCCUCCUGGAGGUUCUGAAAGAAGAGCCUAUCCGUGUAACAAUACGCGGUUUACGACGCACCUUCUACCCUCCAAUACACCACGCGCCCAUAGACAACAGUCCUCCAGAUAAAAAGAUGCAACUGGAAUGGGUAUACGGUUAUCGAGGCUCGGACUCACGUCGCAACCUGUGGGUGCUGCCCACCGGCGAGCUGCUUUAUUACGUAGCAGCGGUUGCCAUCAUGUAUGAUAGAGACGAACACGCUCAGAGGCACUACACGGGACACACCGAGGAUAUACAGUGUAUGGAGCUGCACCCGUCCCGCGAGCUGGUGGCGAGUGGUCAGCGCGCGGGCCGGGGGCGCCGGGCGCAGGCCCACGUCCGCAUCUGGAGCACCGACACGCUUCAGACCCUGCACGUGUUUGGGAUGGCCGAGUUCGAGGUCGGCGUCUCCGCGGUCGCCUUCUCGCAACUGAACGGAGGCAGUUACGUAUUAGCCGUCGACGCCGGUCGUGAAAGUAUUCUGUCCGUGUGGCAGUGGCAAUGGGGACAUCUUCUAGGCAAAGUUGCGACUCUUCAAGAGGAGCUGACAGGCGCGGCGUUCCACCCUCUCGAUGACAACCUGCUGAUCACACACGGUAAGGGACACCUCGCCUUCUGGAACAGGAGGAAAGACGGAUUCUUCGAACGAACGGAUAUCAUUAAACCGCCGGCUCGCACACAAGUGACAGCCUUACAGUUCGAACAAGACGGUGACGUAGUGACGGCGGAUAGUGAUGGGUUCAUAACCAUAUAUAGCGUCGAUAGUGAUGGUGCUUACUUUGUACGAAUGGAGUUUGAGGGUCACAUAAAAGGAAUUUCCUCGUUAGUAAUGCUUUCAGAAGGUACUCUUAUAUCUGGCGGUGAGAAAGAUAGAAAAAUAGCCGCUUGGGAUUCCUUACAAAAUUAUAAGAGAAUAACUGAAACAAAGCUACCCGAAUCAGCUGGUGGAGUCCGAACAAUUUAUCCCCAGAGACCUGGAAGGAACGAUGGCAACCUGUACAUAGGAACAACGAAAAAUAACAUUCUAGAAGGAUCGCUACAGAGGAGAUUCAAUCAAGUUUUGUUCGGUCACCACAAACAGUUGAUGGGCGUCGCGGUGCAUCCUGAUGAUGAAAUGUUCGCCACUGCCGGUCACGACAAGAACAUAGCGCUCUGGAAGGGGCAUAAGCUAGUGUUCGCGACACAGGUUGGAUAUGAAUGUGUAUCUCUGGCGUGGCAUUCCGGCGGGGGGGCGUUAGCGGCCGGCAGUACCGAGGGUCACCUGGUGAUAUUGAACGCUGAUGCUGGAGCCCACGUCGCCACCAUCAGGGUCUGUGGAUCGCCUCUCAGCUGUUUGCAGUACAACACUGCUGGAGACAUACUAGCCAUUGGAUCCCAAAAUGGUAGCAUAUAUUUAUUCCGUGUGUCACGUGAUGGUUUUUCUUAUAAGAAAUCGAAUAAGAUCCGAGGAGCUCAGCCUCUCGUGAUGCUGGAUUGGAGUCUCGAUGGAAACUACUUACAGACAGUCACCGCUGACUAUGAUUUAUCAUUUUGGGACAUCAAAGCUCUGUCACCUGAGAAGAGUCCGAUAGCUAUGAAAGACGUCAAGUGGGCUACAUUUAAUUCGACAGUCGGCUUUCUUGUUUCAGGGAUGUGGAACAACCGUUUUUAUCCUAUGACGUCUCUGAUAACAGCCGCGAGUCGCUCUGCGGCUCACGAUCUACUUAUAAGCGGAGAUUCAGAAGGCCAUCUUCGUCUCUUCAGAUAUCCCUGUGCGAGUCCAAAGGCCGAGUACAAUGAGAUAAAGGUGUAUUCUGGUGCGAUCCACUCCGCUCGGUUCUUGUUCAACGACCGCUGCCUGGUGACCUCUGGCGGCUCUGACGCGGCGCUCAUGUUGUGGGAACUAGUGGACGACUAGCGCCGGGCCGCGGCGCCUCCUAUCUUCGUGGCGCCACCCACACCGUCACCGACCCCGGCUACUUCCCAUACAUUUAGGGUACUCGACUUUGAGGAGCUCGAUUGAACCAGUCGGAGAAUUGUCGGUGAAUUGGUAGUUCAUGCCAGGGUUUUCUGGUCCUGAGUGUCAGAUCCGGUUGAAUCUGGUUGAAUCCAGUUACGACGGAGUCCCGUGUACUUCCGGAGUUUAAUGUAUUUGGCGUAAGCUGUGAGAUCUCGUAAGACAUAUCUAUGUACAUCUAAAAUCGCGUAGCGUCACGUCACUGCCAUUAUAACUUUGCAUAUUAUAAAAUGUUAGUAAAUUGUUUCUAAAUUAUAAAAAACACAAUCUAUGUAGCGUAUUUGUCAAUCGUCUUACGGUCUAGGUAUAUCAAAGACGUCAUAAUUAUGUCUCAGGAUAUGGGAUAAAAAUUUAUUAUAGUUUUAAAUAAAAUAGUAGCACAAAAAAUAAGAAGUCAUUUAUAACACGAGUGCACUUACAUGGAUGUGGUCUGGCCACUUUUGUUCCUGUUUAUACUUUAUAUACGGAUAACAUUUUUUCUACAGACACAUUUGUUACACGAAAAGAUUUUGUAUGUUGAUUAGUAGUUAAUUAUCACUUUCCGUACAAUAAACAGUAUUAGUUGAUAAUUUUGUAAACAUUUUCCCUUUGUUAAAAUAAAAUUUCAUUAAUGUUGUUUGUUUUAUAGACAAUAUUAUGAUUUGUUAUAAUUUUUGUUGUGUAUAUAAGUGUUUUCACUAUAGUUAUAGCCAUUAUGAUACUCAUUAAUAUAUAAAUACAAUCUA